CCGCUGUGCACAGCGGGAAUUUAAACAGUAGAAGAAGAAGCGGUGCCGUCCCCACGUGAGAGAACUUACCAGCAGCAGCAUGUCUCCACCAGGAGGAAAGAUAAACAGACCAAAAACCGAGCUGGGGAAAAAGCUUUUUAAGCGGAGGCGAGUUUUGGGCAGAGAGAAGAGGAAGAAAAAUCAGAUUGUUGGAGCGGUGGUCGAUGAAGGUCUCAUCACAGUCCAUCACCUGAAGAAGAGGAAGUCGAGUCCUCGAGCAAACAUCACUUUGUCUGGGAAGAAGAGGAGGAAACUGCUGAAGCAACUGCAGCACAUGCAGCAGGAGAAGGCUGGGAUGGAAGUUGAAGCUCCAGCUGCAGCACCACAGAAGAAGAACCAGGAGACCUCCACUGCUCCAUCCAAGACAAAGAAGAAGAAGAAGAAGAAGGGAGCCGCUGGAGCACAGGAGGACGUAGAGAUGGAGGACCUCGAGUAAGAAGACGACACAACCAGAGUUGGACUGUGGACUGGGAUCAGAUUCAUGUUUGAACCAAAUACUCCUAGAUUUAUUCCUCUGAUCAAACCUGAAGUUUUAUCAGAGGGAUGUUUAUCUGUCUGCACCUGACCAGGUGUGUUAAGGAUGCUACAUGGGUGGAAGAAUUUAGAUACACAGGAGGCAGAGGGAGACAUGUCAUCGGUGAGCAAAGAAGCACAAGUUUAGACAAAAAUUAACAUAAAAUCUUUAAUUCAUCAAGUCUGAAUGAGCAGGUGGGAGGUCGGAUAACUGCAGUCAAACUUUCAAAUCAGUAAGUUAUUUCACUCAUAGCUGUGAUAAAAAUUGUGUCAUUUUAUAUGUGUGAAAAGUUUUAAAAAUCAGUUUUGACAUGACCAAAAACUAGGUGAACCUGUAGCACAUUUCUCUGUGUUUGAUUAAAAGAGAUACUCCUAUCUGUUAAA